AGCCCUUUCUCAGCUCUUACUACCUCCAAUAACUUGCAUAAAAAAGAAGGGGAGUUGGCAAGUUUUAGAACAGACAUAAAUAUAUAUUGCCACCGUCAACAAAGUAUCGGAAUAGCCGGACAGAGGAUCGAUCCAGUGAUGGUAUGAUACUCAUAGAAACAGUGCCAGUACCUCUAGUACACUACCUCAUCAAGUUCAACCAUCACCCUCAUGCUCCACACAGCCACAGGGAAUGAGGAAAAGGGACCUUAGAUGAAGCAGUUCUGAGACAACAACACAAAGACAUCCAUAAGCUGGCCAAAGGUUCUGUUAGGUGAUCAACUCAGCAUUUCAGCAACAACUCCAGGAUCCCACUUCUUGUGGAUGUUUUAUCUGCAAGAUUUCGACUCUUUGCAUAGCUAGGCUAACUUGUGAGAUCGCGCAUGAGGAACUCUUCUUGAGCUAGCUCAGUGGCGCAGACCUGCAGUGGAGUUGUUGCUUGCGGGCUCCUUCUCGAAUCAGCCAUGUAUCGUAGUAGCCUCUCCAAGAGGUCAGCACUCUGUGACAUUAUGCAAUUGUAACAAGGUUUUAACCCCCCUAGAACAUCCUCUUGGAGUUUGGACUAGUCUGACUGUCUGAGGAGAGAAGUUAGUGAUAGAAGCACUUCUUCGUGAAUUUGCAUCGCUGGUGGUUUCUGCUAGCUCAGGAUGGAUUCGCCAUCUCCGAGAUGCCAUGCUCCACAUCAACAGAAUGCUAGGGAACUGAAGGGUCAGAACAGCACCAGUAAGAGGCAAUCCCACACCACUGAGCUUCCAUGCUCUUUGGUAGAAGAGGUCCAACACCUUGAGAACCGACUGAAUGAUCAGUUUGCUAUGCGGAGUGCUCUAGAGAAAGCAUUAGGUUACAAGCCCUGUGCUGCCCAAUUAUCAAAAGACUGCUGCAUUCCAAAGCCUACAGAGAAGCUAAUAAAGGAGAUUGCGGUAUUAGAGCUUGAAGUCAUAUGCUUGGAGCACCAUCUCUUGACACUAUACCGGCAGGCCUUUGAACAGCAAGUUUGUAGUCGAAUUUCUGCUUGUGGAACGGAAAGAAACAAGGAACCAGCAAGGUCAUUUUCAGGCACUCUCUCCGAAACUUCUACAGUCAAUUUCUCGACCCCAAGGAAGCACCAAUCGGCACAUUCCAGUCGCAUGGUCCAGGCACGCAGGUCGACAACUCUUAAUAGUGAACCCGGCAUUUCACAGCACAAUGACAGCAAGGCAAGUAUUGGGCGCAGCCAUUCCUCGCUCCUGCCGCGUUCCAUUUGCUCAGCUAGAGUAUCUCCUUCAGCAAACAAUCUUGCUAGAGCUCUCAAACCAUGUCAUACUUCGCCUCUAUCAUUUGUCGAGGAGGGCAAGUGCAUGGAUUCCGGUAUUGUAAGCUUAGCAGAUAUCUUGGGUACCAGGAUUGCAGAUCAUGUUCCUCAAACACCUAACAAGAUAUCCGAGGACAUGAUCAAAUGCAUUGCUGCCAUAUACAUCAGGCUGAGAGACGAUACCGCUGUGCAACGUACCUUCUACCCCUCACCAUGCUCGUCCUUUUCAUCAGUGAGUGGCAUCUCUUCGAAAUUCACUGGGGAUAUAUGGAGCCCCAGAUGCAGGAAAGAGAGUUUUAUCGAGGCGUGGCAGGAACAUUCAUUUGGUUCUGGUGAAUCAAGGGAUUUGGGUCAGCAAUAUGAUUCUGUGAUUGAGGUGUCUGCUCUCUGCAAAGGGGCUCAGAGGUCUGCCGAUGUGAAUGACAUGUUGUGUAAAUAUAAAUCACUUGUACAGCUGCUAGAAACGAUUGAUCUCAGUACCAUGAAAAAUGAAGAAAAGCUUGCCUUCUGGAUCAAUGUGCAUAAUGCCAUGAUGAUGCAUGCCCAUAUAGAAUGCGGGAUUCCGCAGAGUAACAGCAAGAGAUUGUUGCUUACUAAGGUAUCCUACAUCAUCAGUGGCCAGAGAGUAAACGCGGAGUUGAUAGAGUACCAAAUCUUGUGCUGCCGAGUACACUCUUCCGGGCAGUGGUUCAGGCUACUGUUGUACCCGAAAUGGAAGCCGAAAGACAAGGAAGAGCUGCAAGGGUUCGCUGUCGACCGCCUUGAGCCGCUGGUACACUUCGCGCUGUCUUCCGGAAGCCACUCAGAUCCAGUGGUGCGGGCGUACAGCCCGAAGCGGCUGUUCCAGCAGCUGGAGGCGGCCAAGGAGGAGUUCAUCCGCGCCAACAUCGGCGUCCGCGGGUCCGGGCGGCGCAGGGUGCUCCUCCCCAAGGUGCUGGAGUCGUACGCGAGGGACGCCGGCCUGGGCGCGCAGGAGCUGCUGCGCGUCGUGGAGUCCUGCCUCCCGGAAAGCCUCCGUGCGGCAGCGGCGGCGGCGGCGCCGCGUAGGGUGGAGUGGAGGCCCCACAACAUGGCCUUCCGGUACGUGCUGUCCAGGGAGCUGGUGGGAUCCCCGGCGUGCAGCAGGCAGUGACGAGACUCCGGUUGCGUGAUGAUGAGCAGCGACAUGGGUGGGGGCUUUGCUGCUGCGUGCAAGAGUCCAAGAUCACGAGAGGAGAUUCAGAUCUGCGAGCGGCCUCUGCAACUUUCGAAUUUCAUGGGCGUGGUUUGGUCGUAUGUAUAGCCUACACAGAAAAAUGGAUACGAGACAACCAAAAGGACGAGACAGCCUGGGCGUGUAGUAUCCGUUGCGAUGUCAUUAGCCCAUACGCGAUCGAACAUUGUACAAGAUCUUCCUUCACCUCUAGUAGGUGUACAGAAGAAUUCUGAAGUACUCUGUGCACGAUCCCUGCAUUAUCUUUCUGUGUCUGUACAUGGCUGCACGGCCUAAUGUUGUCGAGUGAACAUACGACACGCGGACAAGUGGAUGGGGGGGAUGCCUCUAGUCUUUUCUUUUCUUUGAGAAACAUAAAAUUUCAUGUUAGUACUAAA